UUCCGGACUGAACCAAACCGGAAACUGCUUACUUACAACUUUUGUCUUUGCUGUUGCACAUCGUUUAGAAAUAUCAUCAGACAACAUGUCGGGCUCAUCAAGCAUCGUUACGAUGAAGAAAGUCGUUCAGCAGUUGCGCUUCGAAGCAAACAUCAACAGAGUAAAGGUUUCUCAGGCGGCCGCAGAGCUUCAGCAGUUCUGCAUUCAAAACGCCGUUCAGGAUCCGCUGCUGACCGGUGUGUCUUCAAGCACCAACCCCUUCAGGACACAGAAGGUUUGCUCCUUCUUGUGAGGGUCCAUGACGGCCGUCUGCUAUUGGCUUUUUUUCCUGUUCCUGUGACCAUUCUGCUGGGGGAAAAAUAAGAAAACCACUGCCAUGAUGUGUAAUCGAAAAAGCAACAGCACAAAAGCUGUCCACUUGCCAGUUAAUACCUCAUGCCAUAAACACCGAAAUAAGAACUGAAAGGAUUUUGCCGAUCUGGCCGCUUUAUGUUUGUUAUGGUGCAUUUUCUUUCUCAAGUUUUCAUUGUAGAACAAGAAACUUUUCUCUUUUUUUUUUAUAUCUCAACUUGUGUUUUACUCUUUCACAACCUUCAGAUUUCUGUUUGAAGACCUCAAACUAAAAAGUCUGCCUUAAUGAGUGAUAAACAACGCUCCAGUUUUGUGGAGGGAAGGCUUUUGUAUUUUUUAUGUGGCACAGCAGAGGAAACUUAGUAAUUUAUUGUGCCUUUUAACAUUGUAGUCUAUUUCUCUAUCUUCUCUGCCUUAGACUUUUUAUAACCCCAAAUAAACCCAUUGAUUUCUA